AGUACCUUUAUCUAAGGAGUUUUCUCCUAAGACGACUGAGGAGAUAGAGGACAUGAAGACAGUUCCUUAUGCUUCGGCAGUAGGAAGUCUCAUAUAUGCAAUGCUGUGCACUAGGCCUGAUAUUAGCUACGUCAUUGGCAUGGUAGCGAGAUAUCAGAGUAAUCCAGGAAGGGAACAUUGGGCUGCGGUGAAACAUAUACUCAAGUACCUGCGAAGGACUAAGGAGUACAUGUUAGUUUACCGGGCAGACAGUUUGUUUCCGCUGGGUUACAGCGAUUCUGAUUUCCAGUCAGAUAGGGACGAGAGUAAGUCAACCUCAGGUUAUGU